AUGACACCAACUCAACCGAUGCCCUCUCAAGAAGAACUUAAUGCUAAAUUUGCCGAAUUUGAAGAGUUAGACUUGACUGCACCCAACAAAGCAUCCAUGUUGAGCUUACCUUUGGAAAAAAAAUGGCAAAUUUAUUGCAGUAGAAAAAGAGAUCGAGAGGGAGAAACUGAUUUAUCACAUCUUCCCGAACAUUAUAUCGAAAGAGUUGAAUCGGUAUCAAAGUUGCCGUAUCCUUCUGAUAAUGAGGAAGAAGUUAGAUCGAGAACUCGAACUCUCGAUGGAUUAAAAACAGCAUUAAGAACUCAACCACAUUCUUUCGUACUUCGAUUUAUCGAUUGCGAUGGCGUAACCGCGCUAUUAAAUUUUCUAUCGUCAAUGGAUUUUGAAACCAUACAAAGUUCCAUUCACACGUCUCUUAUAGGAUGUUUAAAAGCUUUAAUGAAUAACUCUAAUGGCAGAGCGCACGUUUUGGCUCAUCCCACUGGAUUGAACAUCAUCGCACAAAGUCUUAGCACUGAAAAUAUAAAAACUAAAAUCGCCGUACUCGAAAUACUUGGGGCAGUUUGCCUCGUUCCCGGAGGACAUCGUAAAGUUUUGAUAGCUAUGUUGCACUACCAAAAAUAUGCCUUUGAAAGAACCAGGUUUCAAAGUAUAAUAAACGAUUUGGACAAAAGCACGGGGAUUUACAGAGACGAAGUAAAUUUAAAAACGGCAAUAAUGUCUUUUAUAAAUGCCGUUCUUAAUUAUGGGCCGGGACAAGAAAAUCUGGAAUUUCGUCUUCAUUUACGCUAUGAAUUUUUAAUGUUGGGAAUUCAACCCAUUAUAGACAAACUCAGGGGACAUGAAAACGAAACUCUUGACAGACAUUUAGAUUUUUUCGAAAUGGUGAGAAAUGAUGAUGAAAAAGAAUUGGCUAGAAAGUUUGAACAAGAACAUGUCGAUACAAAAAGCGCCACUAACAUGUUUGAUUUACUCAGGAAAAAACUUAGUCACACAUCAGCUUAUCCUCAUUUAUUGGCUCUCUUACAACAUUGCCUAUUGUUGCCAUUAAAUUACGGUAAUCAAUCUCAGCAUUGGAUAUUAUUCGAUAGAAUAGUUCAACAAAUAGUCCUCCAAACGGAAUCGGGAAACAAUCCGGACGGUGCUCCAAUAACAAUUAAUGUUAAAGAAAUAGUUCAACAAUUGGCCAAAGAAGAAGAACUUUUGGAGGCAAGAAAAAAGGCUGAUGAUUUAGAAAAAGACAAUUUAGAAAUUUCAAAUAAAUUAGCCAAGAAAGAACAAGAAUUAGAUAUGCGAUUACAAGAAAAGGAAGAUAUGGAAGCAAGUCUUAAUAGAAUCAAAGAGCGACUAGAGAAAGAAACAGCUUUGCACAUAGAAACAAAACAAAAAUUAAACGAAUUGGAAUAUAAAAGAUCGGAAAUGGAGCAUCAAUAUAGUUGCGAAAGAGAAGAAAGAAUAAGACUUGAACAAAUGGUUUCGACCGGUAUCACACCCGAUGAGGCAAAAGCUUUGACUUUGAGGUGUGAAGCAUUAAGUAAUUUUAAACCUAAAUCUUCCUUUCCUCCUCCUCCUCCCCCUCCACCGAUGGUUCCUCCGCCACCUUGCCAAAAUAAUAUAGGUCCUCCUCCACCGCCUCCUUGCGGUCCCCUUCCCCUUGUUUCAAAAAUAGAAUUACCAAAGAAAAACAUUCCACAAUCGUCUAAUCCGUUAAAAAGUUUUAAUUGGUCCAAGCUUCCCGAUUCCAAGUUGGCGGGAACAAUAUGGACGGAGUUGGACGACACAAAGCUCUACAACUUUUUAGGACUUGAAAACAUCGACAAAAUAUUUUGCGCAUACCAAAAAAAUGGCGUUCCAAAUGAAGGAUCCGUGGAGGAUUUAAGAAAUGUGAACACAUCGAAAAACAGAUCUAAAAUAUUAUCAGUUAUAGAUGGUCGACGUGCUCAAAACUGCACAAUUCUUUUAUCAAAGUUAAAGAUGACGGAUGUUGGAAUAUGCAACAUGAUUAUGUCGAUGGAUUCCAACGACGAAUUGCCUCUCGAUAUGGUCGAACAAUUGUUAAAAUUUACACCGAGUUCCGAAGAGGUUGCUUUGCUGGAAGAACAUUCAGAUGAAAUCGAUUCCCUCGCGAGAGCGGAUAGAUUUUUAUACGAAAUUGCAAAAAUUCCUCAUUACGAACAAAGGCUUCGAUCCCUUCAUUUUAAGAAAAAAUUUGGAAUUAGCGUGAAUGAAGUUUCACCGAGAAUCAAAGCCGUAAUGGAGGCAUCGAGACAAGUGGCACGUUCGAGAAGACUUAGAAAAAUAUUGGAAUUAGUUUUAGCUUUUGGAAAUUAUAUGAAUAGAGGAGCUCGCGGAAAUGCUGCCGGGUUUCGGCUCGUGUCAUUAAAUCGAUUAUCGGACACCAAAUCGAGUUUGAAUAAAGGAACAACUUUGUUGCAUUAUCUGGUUGAUUUAUUAGAAAAAAAAUUCAAAGACAUAUUAAAACUUGAAGAAGAUUUAUCUUUUGUAAGGGAAGCAUCCAAAGUAAGCCUUGGCGAACUUGAAAAAGAUAUGUCUUCUCUUCGGCUGGGAUUAAAAGAAGUUGAAAGAGAAGUUGAAUUUCAUAGAUCCCAAAAUUGGAAUCCGGCAACCAACGAUCAAUUUCUUAUAGUUAUGAAAGAAUUUUUGUCGUGGGCCACUUUUAAAUUUUCAGAAUUGGAGGAUUUGUUUCAAGAUAUGAAAACGAGGUUCGACAGGGCGGUGAGACUUUUUGGUGAAGACAACACUUCCAUACAACCCGAUGAUUUUUUCGGAAUUUUCGAUUGUUUUUUAACAGCUUUAAACGAUGCCAAACAAGACAAUGAAAAUUUAAAGAAAAAAAAAGAUGAAGAAGAAAAAAGAGCCAAACAAGAAGCUGAACUUAAAAAGAGAACGAUAGAUAGGAGAAGUAGUAAAGAUUCACUGUUGGAAAAUAGAAAUAAAACUGGACUCAGUAAUGGUAUCAAUCACGUCGAUAAGCCAAAAGAUGGAAAAGGAGACAAGGGUGAGUUCGACGAUCUUAUAUCAGCUCUUAGAACUGGAGAUGUUUUUGGUGAAGAUAUGGCCAAAUUUAAAAGGAGUAGAAAGUCUCGUAUAACGGCAAAUAACGGCUCUCUUCCCCGUACGAAUAAUAAUUGUCUCAACAGGGAAGAUAGCAGAGAAAGAGUUUUAAACAAUUCUCGGAGGGGAUGA